UGUUGUUUUUUGCGUAUCCAACCUGAGGCAAUGUCUGCAACGCCAGGCCGCUUCCUGUCGACCCACUUUUCAGGCCAAGCCAACACUGGCCAGAGCCCGACCGCCACGACGUCCAUGGGCGCCUCCAGCUCCUUCAUGGGCUCUCGCGGCGACUUUGGCAGUCAACGGCCGCCUCGCGCCAUCUCCAUGUCGCCCGACGCAGGCGCCACAUCGCAGGUCUUUGGCACGCCACUCACUGCUGGGCGAUCGCGCCAUUCCAUCAGCACCCCUGCGACGGGACGCGCACCCCCAGGCACCGGUGCACGAAGCAUGGCACGUCCGUACGGAGCGGCAGGCGCAGGACGAGCGCAAAUGCAAGAUACUGCAUAUGCGCCGCCGCUAGAGUCAUUGUACGACGAUUACGACUCUGCCGUGCCAUUCACCGCUCCAUCCGCGGCGGAAGCUGGAUUUGAGCGUUCUUUUGCAGCACAUUUGCCUUCCGACUCGAUCGACGCUCUUUCGGACAUUGCCCCAGCUGAAGGAGACAACUCGCUGGACGUUUGGGUGACGGUAUUUGGCUUCCCACCAACAGCCGCUUCGCUGGUCUUGUCGUACUUGGAGCAGUGCGGUGACAUUGUGCGGCACAUGAUGGCCCCGGACGGCGGCAACUGGAUGCAUGUUCGGUUCAAAUCGCAUCUCCAAGCCGAGCGUGCAAUCAGUCGCAACCGCAAAGUGGUGGCUCGCUCCAUCAUGCUUGGCGUGGCUCCCUGCGAAGAUCGGGGCGUUCUCGCGGGCGACAAGUCUGCUGCCGCGGGACUAGACUUGACCGCUCCCCGAGCGUUGCAUAACGCGUCCCAGCGCUCAAGACGAGACAUUGAUGUAUUCUCGACAGGCUACACAAGCAAAGCUCCGCAGAAGGUUAACCCGUCUCUUUUCCGGCAGACUAUCGAGUACAUUUUCAACUGGUGAUGACAUUGGCAGUCGAUUUAAAUGUGUUGUUUGUAAUCGAGCGGACUUAGUUGAAACCUGUUUGCAAUUAAACGAGCAAAUUUACUUUGAUA